AUGGUUUGCCUUUAUCUAAAAGUUCGGGGAGUCAAGUCUACCCUAUUUUAUGCAGUUUGGUUAACAAUUACAACAAUGUUGGCAUUAUUGGGAUUUAUCAUGGCUCAGUCUUUUAUAAAAUGUACAAAGGGUCAUUCAGGUUAUUAUUUGUGUACAAAAUGUGAAGUUAAAGGCGAAUAUCAUCUUAAUAGAGUAUGCUUUCCGUACGUACAGAUUUGCAAUGUAAGAACAAACAAAAACUUCAGAUUAAAAUCACAGCCAGAUCAUCAUACAGGUACAUCAGUAUUAGAAUUGAUUCCAAAUUUAGAUAUGGUGUAUGAUUUCCCAUCAGAUCCAAUGCAUUUACUUUUCUUAGGAGAAGUUAAAAAAAUAGUUGUCUCUUUAUGGUGUCAUGGAAAACCUCGUGCUAAAUUAUCAUUGCAUCAACAAUCAAUAAUAUCAAGAUUAUUAGAAGAACAAAAAUAUUAUAUACUAUGUGAUUUUAAUAGAAAAUCAAGAUCGUUAUUAGAAAGUAAGAAGUGGAAAGCCACUGAAUAUAGGACAUUUUUAUUAUAUACAGGACUGGUCGUAUUAAAAUCUGUAUUAAGGUAAGAUAAAUAUUUAAAUUUUAUAACUCUGCACGUAGCUGUUACCAUCUUAUCUACUUCAAAGCAUAUUGAAUUGUAUUUAGAUUAUGCAAAAUUAUUAUUACAAUAUUAUGUUGAAACAUUUAUUAGUCUGUACGGUAAAGAAAAUGCAUCUCAUAAUACACAAAAUUUGUAACAUCUUUGUGAUGAUGUGAAAAAUUUCGGAUCACUGCAAACCUUCAGUGCUUUCCCGUUUGAGAACUAUAUGCAGUCAAUAUUGAAAAUGAUUCGCAAAAAUGAUAAACCAUUGCAGCAAAUUAUUCGCCGGNUAAGUGAACAAAAUAAUUAUAUACCUAAUCCUAAUCAAAACAUAAAACAAUUAAAAGAACCUCAACUUUUAAAUAUGCAUUUUAAUGGUCCGCUUAUGAAUUGUCACAGCUAUAAUCAAUAUAAUAAAGUUGUGUUUGAAAAAUUUUUAUUAACUACUACAGAACCAGACAAUUGUUGUUAUUUGGUGGAUGGAAGUAUUGUAGUUAUCCGAAAUUUUGCUUCUAAUAAUGAGAAUACUAUUAUAAUUGGAAGUAANUAUAAAACACUUAAAGAUUUUUAUAUCAAACCCUGCAAAUCUUCAAAACUUGAUAUUUAUGAAGUCUGCGAUCUCAGCAAUUUACAGAUUUGGAAUUUGGAUCAAAUUGCAAACAAAUGUGUUCGAUUAAAAUACAAAAAUAGAUAUGUUACUUUUCCUUUAUUACACGNACAAUCCUAAAUAGAACAAAUAUAUUAUUUAUUUAAUGAAAUUUAGAAUAUUAAAAUUAGUCACAUUUAUCUUAUAAGUUUCAUAAAAUUAUUAGAAAAAUAAGAUAAACAGAGAAAGAAAAUUUUU